UCAUCUCUUCGCUGGUGUUUGAAUAUGUUUUGAUCAUUUUUUUUUUCAAUGUCUCUCUUGUUGUGUGCUAUGAUGAUGAUCUCUUGAAGCUUUUUAAUGCGAGAUCACCUUUGGAUUUCUUUGAUGCUGGACUAUUAGUGUGUGACCAUAUACACUAUAUUGCCAAAAGUAUUGGGUCACCCCCUUCUAAUGAACAGGUUUGACUAAAUCAAUCAUUUCUUUUUGAACCUUGCCUUAUACACAGAGGCAUUGUCAUGUUAGAAUAGAAAACGGUCCUGUCCAAACUGUGGCUUUAAAAUUAGAAGCACACAAUUCUCUAGAAUAUCAUUAUAUGCGUAAACAAAGAUUUGUACUCAUGGAAAUUACUAAAGUGGUCAAACCUGUUCAUUAGAAGGGGGUGACCCAAUACUUUUGGCAAUAUAGUGUAUAAAGCCACAUUAUCAACAAACAAGUGUUUAAUUAUUUUAAAAAUACAGCGUUCUUUAAAUUUCCUUAAAAGUAGAAAUCAUCUCAGAAAUAAUAUGUAGGCCUACUUUCAAUGUGGUUUGGUCAUUCAGUAAAUUGUUAGAUUACAGUAUAUCCUCUUAUUCACGGUCAUAAACACAUCCUGAAAGACUCUCCUCUUUACUUUUUCCUGCUGCAGCAUUAGUCUGCUGAUAGCAGCAUUUAGACACCUCCAUUAGAGGGGGUUUCAUUUUCUGAAUAGUUUUGAGUUUUGACAGAACUAACCACUGCCACAGGAAGUGAGCUUCACGCUUCGAUAGCAGAAUUAACAUAUCUCUUUAUCUCUACCAGGAAUGUGUGCUUUUUGCCUAUUUCUUUUAUGUCUGUAAGUUUAACUAUGCAAAUAUGACGAGUUAGAAAUACACAUUGGUGAAGUUCUCCUUUUGUUUCUCGGUUUGAACGUUUUUAAGACACCCAUUGAGAACAACGGAUUCGAUUUGAAGCAGCAGACAGAAUGAUGGUUCCUGAAGGGAUUUCUCUACUUCUGUUUGUUCUUCUUGCCGGCUCCAGCACUGGCUCAAAUGAAGAGCUAAUAAAAGUGCCUGAAAAAACAGUAACAGCAUAUGAAGGGUCAUCUGUGACCAUCCCCUGUUCUUACAAAAAAUUAAAGGAAAAACAAUAUACACUGCUGUGGUUUAAAGAUCCAAUUUAUAGCAAAGAAAAGGUGUUUGACGGGACUAUUGUAUACAGUAGCACAAAAGAACGUCCCCAGUCUCCGGAUUACUCCAACAGAGUGAUAUACAUCACUAAUGCAACAUCACAAGGAAACAAACAAGAGUAUUGGAUAAAAUGUGAUUUAAGAAUCACCAAUCUGCAAAAGACAGACAGUGGAAACUACAGCUUUAGAUUUGUUUCAGACACAAGGUUCAUGAGUAAAGCUCUGUCUCUCAAAGUUGAAGAGAAUCAUUGUAAGGUGCACAUUGAACAAUCAGAGCUGAAGAAUCCACUCAAAGAGUCAGAAGAGUUCACUGUUCGCUGUUCUACAUCUGAUUCCUGCAAUUAUCCUGAGUGGCUCGUCCAUACAUCAGAACAAAAGCAAGAAUGGACAUCCUCCUUGUCAAAUGAUCCGAUUAUAGAGACUGAAGAGGCAAAAGAAGGCAGAAAGGUCACCCAAUUACAGCUCAAAGCGACAUGGAAGGACGACAACAGGACUCUGUCUUGUCGCCCAGGGAAGAGUGAGGAUAGCUGGCAGAUCAAGAACAUCACACUGUCUGUGGAACAUGCACCUAAAGAGACCAAAGCAACAGUGAGCUCUGAGGAUGUAAAGGAGGGAGAUUCUGUCACUCUCUCCUGCACCAGCAGAGGUCGCCCUGAUGUCAGCUUCACAUGGUUCAAAAAAACAAUAAAAAUAGAAAACUCUCAACAAAUGUCUGACUUGAAACUAAUUAAAGUGAAACCAGAAGACAGUGGAGAAUAUUACUGUGAAGCUAAAAACAAGCAUGGAGCAGAGAAAUCAAAUAUCAUUACAAUCGAUGUGAAAUAUGGUCCAAAAGAGGUCACAGUGGAACCUCAGGGCAGCAUUAUUGAUCUCAAUGAGGGAGACAAACUGACACUUAAGUGUUCGGUGAAGACAAGUAACCCACCAGCCAAGCAGUUUUCAUGGUACAAUAACAACCAGGUGCAACAACAAACUAGUGAGACAUUAACCAUCAUUAAAGUGACAGCAGAUGAUAGAGGAUCUUACCAUUGCAAGGCCAGUAAUGAUAUUAAAACAGCACAGUCAAAUAACAUUACAGUAUCUGUAAAGUAUUCACCAAGAAACAUCAAAAUAGAGGGCACAACCUCUGUAAAAGUGGGCACUCCACUGACUUUGACAUGCUCGGCUGAUGCUGACCCUCUGCCACACAUGUACACAUGGAAGCACACACCUGGACUGUCUUCUUUCCCGUUAUCAAUGAAAACUGGACAGUUAAACAUUAAGAACAUGACCGUUCAACAUGCAGGGCAGUACUCAUGUGAUGUUAACAACACUAUUGGUACAAGAUCACACACCAUUAAAGUUGAUGUGCUUUAUCCUCCAUCUAAUCUCAGUUUGAUCAUGAAGAGGGAAGUGAGAGAGUUUGAAGUGAUCUCCAUUAUCUGCACGGUUCAAAGCUUCCCUGAGUCAAACCUCACAAUGACAGGACCUCUAGGUGAUCUGAGACAUAUUCAGAACAAUCGAGGGAACAGCACAGCAUCUGCAAACAUGCUGACUGUCUACUUGAAUGUCACAGAUUCAGAUGCAGGAAUGUACUCGUGCAAUGCAAAAAAUAAAGAGGGAAAAGAAGAUAUUAAACCAGAGCUAAAUGUGUUGUAUGUACCCAAAAAUGUGACUGUAAGUAUUAAAGGAGAACAAAAAUUUGGGUGUGAACUGACCCUUACAUGUGAGGCUCGUGCCAAUCCUGCUCCAUCCUCUUAUGAGUGGAAGAAACGCACCAAUGGAGAGUUAAAUAAUGUUAAACAGAAACCUGAACAGAGACUACGCUUUCAUUCUCUGGAAAUCUCUGACUCUGGUCAGUACGUCUGUAUUGCUCAUAAUGCCAUUGGAAAAACAGAAUCUCCUUCUGUAAAUAUCAAGGUGAAAUAUGCUCCAAAUAUAAAUAUUGUCCAUAACAAGACUCAGGGAAAUAAUGAGAUUCCAGUCUAUCUGACCUGCAGUGCAGAUGCGUAUCCUCCUGCCACUGACUACAAAUGGUAUAGAGAGGACGACAACACAACCGUACUGUUACAUCACCAGAACUUCACUGUUCAGCCUCAGAACCCAGGAAAGUAUUACUGUACAGCAGCCAAUGAAAUCGGAAAAUCACGAUCCGAACACAUCAAGUUAUUCAUCAACAAUAACUCUCUUACGGUGUUCUACCAGAUCAUCUUACCCAUCAUUCUCCUGCUGAUUCUCAUUGUUAUAGCCAUCUUUCUGAUACGCAGGACUAUCAUCAAGGCAAGAUCAGAUCAGCAGAGUGGAGCAGAUUAUCCAUUGUGCUUUUUUCCAGUAUUCCUGUCACGCUCUUCCACACUGACAAACUUACUAUUAUUGAGAUCACGUAAUAAUACCCAGGAGGAUCUGUCAGUGGAGAGCAUUCCUGAUCCAGGUUAUGGAAGGGUUAAUCAAUCACAUCCUACACCCAAUUCCCAAGAUCCUACGCGAGCACAGGACCUUAAUCUGAGGCCAAAAUCUGAUAUCCACACGGUGUAUUCUGCUAUUAAACUGCCACAAAUUAAACAGACAAGACAGUCCCCAAAACAACAAAAAACUGGAUAUAUGGACAAUGGUGCAGCUACAUCUACCCUAAACUAUGUCACUAUUGAUUUCAAGGGGCAAAAUGAGCCAGAAAAAAGAGUACCUGAAGGAUCAGCAGUCUACGCUAUGUUGUCAAAAAAUAAGCAGACAACGAAUUCCCAGUCGGAAAAUCCAGAUUAUGAGAAUGUUUCUUCUGCAUGUGUGCCAAAACUUCCAUUCACAAAUAUGGACUGGGAUUCUGAUACCAGUGAAGAAGAUGAAGUGAAUUACUCCACUGUGUCUUCUGCUGCCAAGCCUGCUGUUAAAGAACCCAAACAUAACCAGAAGAGCCGCCUUAGCAGUUCAAGCUCUGAUGAUGAGGACAGAACUGAAUAUUCAGCCAUUAAAACGUAAACACAAGGAGUUUCCAAUUUAAGUAUUGUAUCCUUAAUCUGUAUUAUAGUUAUAGUAUUAGUCUAUAAUAUUAUUUGAAAGUGAAAAUAUUAUAUAAAUUAUGAUUCUAUAAGUGUGCCUUCUACGCCUUCACUUUUUAUUUUUGCAGUGCAUUAAUAUAAUAUUGAUAAAUAUAAUUAAUAAUGUUUUAAAAAUGCUAUUUUAUUAUGUAUCAAUGUACCGUUUCACUACAUUGUGUGAAAUGCAACAAUAUAGCUUUGUAAUUUCAUUAAACAUUUGUAUUUGCCACUGCUGAACUGCCAAGCUGAGAACAUUUGACUGAUUCCAUAAAACUGUGAAUUAAAAAAAA